AUGAGUCAACGAUACAACGAUACAAACAAAUACGGUGAUGUUCGAGUAACGGAUCUGUCGCUAAGAGAAAAAACAAGAAGAGUGAUGUUAUCCUUUAGACUUUGCAUGGUGUUAAAGAAAGCUGGCUCUGAAUUCAUUGAAGACAUAUUUAUGAAGGAAGUAAAGACUGGCAAAUAUUUUCCAGGUCUUCAAAUCAUAGAGGGCAGUGUUGAAUUCAAGGCAUUUGGUAAGUUACAUUCAGUCGAGAGGUCUUUGUUCACGGCUAGAAGCAAUAACUACAGAAACAGCAUCCUACAAGACAGCAUGAGCUGGGAUCUCAAAUGAAGGUUUUAAGCUGAAAGGGCAUAUUUAAUGCAUUAUAAUCCCAAAAAAGGUCAAACUCUCACAUUAGAGAGUACUUGAUAAUUAUUGAGAAGCCUGUGGUAAUGCCUUAUCUAAAUAGUGUUCGUCGUCUUUGCUGCAAAAAGAUGAAGUGGCCGGGGUGGACCACUUUGUCCGUCCCCAUGGGAUGAUGCCUGAUCUUUUAAUAAUUAUUAAAGGGAGGGGUAGGUCAUUCCAGAUAUACAGGCUUGCAACAAAAAACUGUGGAAUGCAUUAUUUUAUAACUAGCCUUCAACUUUCUAGGGGUAAAGCUCACAAACUGGAAAGCUAAAGAUGGAGAGUGUGCAAGGUGUUCACAGGGAGGCGGUGGUCCGUUUGUGAUAGAAGCUGGCAAAUGCGAGCCAAAAGCUGGAUACAGCUGUAACGGUUUCAAGAAAAUGGAAAAGUCAAGUGAUUGUGUAAAAUACUGUGAUUCAAAUGUUGGUAAGAAAAAAUGAUAUAUUGACUGUUCUCCAAUGAAGGAGUCGCCCCAUGUAAUUGCUGAAUUUUACGUAAACCUAAAUAAAUUCAAAAUUAUAGGCUUGUUUUCAAUCAUCCAUGUCGCCAUGGCAAUCAUCGAAAUCCUUCGUUUAACCCAAUAGAUUCUAUUUAUAAAUACAUUUUGUCCGUGCCAAAUGUGAGAUUUACACCUGCCACAAGUCUUAGAUAUAACAUCCCAAUGAAUGAUACGACUCACAACCCAUCAAACUAUACUCAGCUACCGUAAGAGUAAUGAGAUUCUCACGACUCGACUUACGCCGUACAAUAAACGCCAAGGAUCAAGAUGGCCGCAUAAGAGGUGAAAAGUAUGUCAGUCGAUAAUAAGCAAGCAAGUUUUGAAUUUAAAUAAUUCUUACUAACAUCACGAUUUUUAUUUUAAGCGGCUGUAACACUUUGUUCGUCUGUCUUUACACUGGGAAUCCUUAUUUCUUUCAGGUAACUUGAUUUCCUUAACCUAAUUAAGCUAAUUUAAGCUAAGCAAGGAUAUAACUGUCUCCAGUUUGUCCAGAUACCUGUUACACCGGUAGAGACUGAAUUGAUAUUGAACUUGAUGCGGAGGAAAUAAGAGGGACAGUACACUGAAAUAGUCGAUGAAUAAAAUUUCGCCCCAUGUAAUGGAGUCCAAGAAAGUCAGUUGGAUUCUUGAUUCCACGCCUGGAAUCCAGAUUCCUAGUACUGGAUUCCAGUCUUCGUCAGUGGAACUUGGAUUUAGCGGGAUUCCAGAUUCGUUUAGCUGUAUUCGGGAUUUCAAAGCGGAGGAAUCUGGGUUCCAGAAUCAAAAUUUUUCCGCAUUCCGGAUUCUGGAUUUCACAUGAACAAUUUUGCCGUAUUCCGGAAUCCGAAUUCCCUUACAUGGGGUGAAUCACAGAAGUGAAAUUAAAGAGAUGAAAUACAGUGGACCUUCUCCACAAGGAGACUCGCAGAGACCGUUGUUGGGAGUUGCUCAUUUUACUGGAGGGUUAAAAGCAUUUUGGUCUCAGUAGAGGGCGGGAAUAACUCCAUUGUUUUCAAGACCUUUGACAGUGAGUAAAUGCGCUGAAGAAGAAGACGAGAAGAAAGGAAAGUAGGCCGUUGUAGUGAAGUUGCCAUUUCUACGCUUUCGACUGCAGUGCAUGUUGAGCCUACAAAUACGUUUUAAUUAGAGAGACUCUUUUGACUGGGGCAUUUCUAAAAGCAUGGCCUUUUUCUUUUGCAGCUUUAAUAUGUGGAAGUGACUGAGUCGUUUCGAAGAUAGUGGAAACAAGUCAAACCGGAACCCGAAUUUUUCAAAAUCCUGUUUGUUUAUCAAAAGGAAGCUUUAACACCAACGACGGCGACGGCUACGAAAACGUCACUUAAAAAGUGAAUUCGCGCUACUUCAAACUUCAUCGCGCUUAUUCCAGCUCGUUCAAUUCGUUAAAUGGAGUUAAAUUCUAAACGACUGUAUCAAAGUUCAGGAAAAGAAAAAGAAAGUCGUUGUCUUGUGUUCGCGUCCUCGACAAAACGUGAAAUUAGGCACUAGAGAGAUCAAGAGUCACGUUUACGGCAAACGGCAAACGUCAAAUUCAAGUUAAGAAUUUCUCAGAAGAGAAAAUAAGCAGAUAAAAACUAUCCAGGACAAUUCUUAUGGAUAGCACUGGCAUGAAACCGCUUAUUUUUUGAGUAGAAAUAAUAAACAGUUAACGACAAUUAAGGGGAAAACUUGGUCACGUGGUACUACUUCACGUUUGCCGUUUGGCGAAAACCUGACUCUUAAUCUCUCUAAUUUCACGUUGUUGUCGUGUAGCGACGGCAAAGAAAUGUAAGGAAGCGUGAUGCACGUGUCAUGUUUUUGUUUUGCGAAUCUAAACCUUUUGCUUUUCUGCUUUUUCGUUGCCGUUGCCGUUGCCGUUGCCGUUGCCGUUGCCGUCGUCGUUGCUAGGCUCAUUUUUUUAAAAAACUCUCCUCUCCUGAAAGGAUUUCUACUUCGCGUUAACUCCCCGUUCUGAACACAACAGUACAAGUCAGAAUACAAUUUUAUGUAAAAAUUCGAUCGCAUUUAUUUCUUCAGUCAUACGACUUUAGUUUAAGCGCUAAGACUGACUUUUUUUCUUUUUCGUCUUCGAUUCUUAGUGUGCAACAUACAAAUUAAACAUAUCAUUAUUCAGAAGAGUGCGAUCUGUAAACAGCGGAAAGGUGUCCUUGAGAUCAUAACAUACUAGUUACCGUCACAGAUUUUUGGGGGCAUUUUUAUUUGGUAAAACAAUUUAUGUUUAUUAUUGAUCAUCAUAUUUAACUCUCUUUUCGUAUCAUUUCAGCGAACCCUAUUAAUAUACAAAUCACUAUUAAAGAAACUGUAAUUGAGCACUGCAAAUAGCCACCCUACGCAAUAUUUUAAUCUUCACUGAAACUUCAAAGAAAAAAAUCAAAAUCACUUAAAAAGCAGAGUUUGUAAUUGUUUUAUCUCAUAGAGAAAUAGAGAAAUGCGAUUAUUAUUAUUAGUAGUACUAUUAUUAUUAUUAUUAUUAUUAAUAGUAGUAGUAGUAGUAGUAGUAGUAGUAGUAGUAGUAGUGGUAGUGGUAGUGGUAGUGGUCGUGGUCGUGGUCGUGGUCGUGGUCGUGGUCGUGGUCGUGGUCGUGGUCGUGGUCGUGGUCGUGGUCGUGGUCGUGGUCGUGGUCGUGGUCGUGGUCGUGGUCGUGGUCGUGGUCGUGGUCGUGGUCGUGGUCGUGGUCGUGGUCGUGGUCGUGGUCGUGGUCGUGGUCGUCAAACAUGACUGAUGGAUCUAUGUUCAUGAUUUGCCUGUUACUCGGUAGUUUGAGGAUACGAAGAAAUAUUCAUUGCAGCAAAUAGUCUUCAUCAAAUAGCAAUUGUCAUCUGUUUAGUUAUAUUUUUGCUGUUCUUGGUAUGUUUUUAGGCAGAGGUUCGAUUUUCUCUUCGCAAAAUGAGCGGUAUCUCUAAUAGCGCAACCUCGUCCCCAGGUCCUCUCAGUUUCCGCUGUUGA